AUGGGUUCUUUCAUCCGCUGCACCUUUCGAAAAUGCGCAAUCUUUCUGACACUUAUAACCAUCGUUUCCACCAUUAUCCAUCAGUUAAGCUAUCUGGAGCUGAAUGAUGUAACAGACACGAUCAAACUCCUGGAUAAAUGCAAUGCCAAAGGAGCUACCCAGCUUGAUGAUUAUCACACAAUCAUGAGCCGUAGCAUCCCAGAUACGAUUCAUCAAAUUUGGAAGAUCACCGACACUACUACGUACUCUUCGCAAGCGUCAAACACAUUCUGGCAGGACAACUUCGGCCCCCUGAAUUACACAGUAACACUGUGGACGGAUCAAGAAAUUCAGCACCUCAUAGAAUCCGAAUACACUUGGUUAUUAUCGACGUACAAGGGAUACACACAAGACAUUCAGAGAGCAGACCUUGGUAGACUUGUGGUAGUUCACGCUAAAGGAGGAAUAUACGCAGACCUGGACGUGUUCCCUAGGAAUCCUACUGCGAUCGACUGUCUUCGCCGGUCCGGGACACAAGCUAUAUUCAGCCCUACCUCCAGCAACUCAGGCUUUAGCAACCACUUUUUCAUGGCCGAGAAAGGUUCGAUGUUCCUGUAUGAGACGCUACGCACAGCCAAACAGCGUGGUGGCUCACAUCAUAGGCGGAUAUUGCUCCCAUACCUGCAGGUGUUCUGGUCGACCGGACCGAUCAUGGUGACGGCGGCGUUCCGGCAAUACUGGAUUUUACGUGAUGCGCCAAGAGACGAGGUGGCACUGCUAGAUCAUGAGUUCACGAAGAGGAUGGUGGGACACGCCGCAGGAAGGUCAUGGCACAGUGCAGAUGGAGUCUUUCUCAAUGAGUUUGCCGACCACAUCAAGUUGAUAGAAACAUGGGUCAUCUGGUCUGUCGCAACCAUUACGCUGGGAAUAGUGGUUGUGAAGACGUGUCGGCUUCUCAAAAGGGGCUUUCCAUUAUAA